AUAAAUAUUGGAUAAAAGUGCUUAAAGUGAUUAAGUUACUAAUCAAUUAAGUCCAUCUUCGUUAGUUCCCCAUACAGAAUGCAACUAUCAAAUGCAUGUGUGAGCAUUGGAUACUUUGUUCAGGAAUGCUUCUGAUAAUCCCAGCCAGCGAGAGGCAGGGACUUAGGCAGCGGCGACAGGACGAAGCGUCAGGAUACAAAUCCAAGUGCACUCGGCAGCUGCACAUCUGUUCGUUCGAGGAGUCUAAGAGGCGAAGGGGCAACGGCGGUACGCUGAGUUUAGAGAGCGUAGAGUGUUCGCGCUCUCACACGACAGGACGACAGGGUUCGGGUUUCACUUCGGCUGACGCUGUUUCGAUUCCACGGCGUUCCCCUGAAGUAAAGUAGAGUCCUUAGAGAGGGGUUGCCUGGCCAGUUGUUGUUUUGACAGCGUGCAGUGCGGUUCGGACGUCGGGUUACUUCGCCUUUGCUCCUUUACCAAAAAAGAGGCGCCAAAGCCAAUCAAUUGACAAAUAUUCUACCAACCGAGUGGACACAGCAGUGAGGCAUCGUCCCGAGAUUACCACUGCUAUAUUGAUAUUUCUGGUGACUCAAGAAGAGGGUGAACAAAGCAAACAUUUGGUGUCCCGAUCUCACAAUCGAUCGCGGUGGAAGAGCGAGUGACCGGCUGCUCCCUUCGGUCUCUCUGUCUUUUGUCUUUCUCUUUGUCGCUCAUAAACACCCCUUGCCGUUGGGUCUCUAGUGUCGCGUGUGCCGCCAGCCACAAACUACAGAGCUACAAUCCGUAGAAUACCAUAUAUACUUACGAGUUGAACGGUAUACCCCGCCGCCACCAGGUGUGCGUCAGUGUGUCCGCCUUGGACUUGGCCGAUUCUUCUGGUUCUUGCUUGUUGUUUCGGGUUUUUUGUCCUUUUUUGUUUUGCUGCAAAGAUUCCUUUCACAACAUUGCACCCCAGCUGUCGUCCUGGAAUUUGCCAAAUGACGUCCGUCUGUAGUUGAUUGGAGAACCAGUGAACCACAUAGCUUUCUCCCAGGAAAUUUCAACGCAACUCGCUAACAUGUCCGCGGUUAGCAGUCGCAAUCAGAAAAUGGAACAACAGCGCCAGCUGAUGGAGGCCUACAUCCGCCAAAAGCGGGCCUCGCCGGGCAUGGUCCAGGCCAGUGAUCUUCAAAUCAACCGCCCGAUGUCCGGGAUGCGUAGCAACAGCCGGGAGCUACACGCCUACGACGGACCCAUGCAGUUCAUCAGCUCGCCCCAGAAUCCGGACCAGAUACUGGCCAACGGCAGUCCCGGAGGCGGCGCUCCAGUUGCCAUGAACACGAGUCGCAACCACUCGAACAACAUGCGCAGCUUAAGCACCAUCAACCAGGAGGCUGAUCUGAUCGAGGAGAUAUCGUCACACGAGCUGGAGGACGACGAGAGCAGUCCGGUGACGGUGAUCGAGCAGCACCAGCAGACAGCCCCGCAUAGCGCCAACUCGACACAAUCACAGCGACCGCGUGCCCGCCAGCACUCCUUCAGCGACACCCUUGACGAAGAUGAUUAUACCAAUCGCAAUGUGGCGGGUGCUGCGCCAGUGCGUCCCGCCGGCCUGGCCUCGUCACCCUUCAAGGAUGCCACAGCGAUGGACGGCAGCAGCAAUGGAACGGGAAACGGUGCUGGCGGGGAGUCCGAGGGUGAUGUCAUCGGUAACAUUGACCAGUUCGUGAUGCAGCCAGCGCCGCAGGGCGUCCUCUACAAGUGUCGCAUCACACGCGAUCGCAAGGGCAUGGAUCGAGGUCUAUUUCCUAUCUAUUAUCUUCAUCUGGAGCGGGACUACGGCAAGAAGAUAUUCCUGCUUGGAGGCCGCAAACGUAAGAAGAGCAAGACCUCGAACUACAUAGUCAGUUGUGAUCCCACGGAUCUGUCCCGCAACGCCGAUGGCUUCUGUGGCAAGCUUCGCUCCAAUGUCUUUGGUACAUCCUUUACGGUCUUUGACAAUGGCAACAAGGAGAGCUCGGAAAGUCCUAGACUGGACCUGGCUGUCAUAAUUUAUGACACCAACAUUCUGGGCUUCAAGGGACCCCGCAACAUGACUGUGAUACUGCCUGGCAUGACUGAGGAUGAUCAGCGUGUCAAGAUCAGUUCGGCGGAUCCCAAGCAGCAGGGCAUUCUCGAUCUGUGGAAGAUGAAGAACAUGGACAACAUUGUGGAGUUGCACAACAAGACGCCGGUGUGGAACGAUGAGACCCAGUCCUAUGUACUGAACUUUCACGGACGCGUCACCCAGGCGUCGGUGAAGAACUUUCAGCUGGUCCACGACUCCGAUCCCGAGUACAUAGUCAUGCAAUUCGGUCGCACCUCAGAGGAUGUGUUCACCAUGGACUUUCGCUAUCCCCUGUGUGCGAUGCAGGCCUUUGCCAUAGCCCUUAGCAGUUUUGACGGCAAAAUAGCCUGUGAGUGAGUCUAUCCCUGCCUGGAUAGUCGGGUCACCCGCUGCCUUAUGUAAAGCUAUCUGGAGGCAUAGUUUGAGAAAAGUCUUGGAAAUCUAGUCACUCGCAGAACACGAAAUCGGUUGAUAUAUAAGUAGAUACUAUUGAGGUAGCUCCCAUUAUUUACGACAUUUAUUCAGAAUGUGCUCACCGAUUUUAUAAGAAAUUAUUUUCUAAAUCUUAAUGUGCCCCCCUCUAGCGAUAAGUUCACAAAUCGAGGUAAAUGUCAUCAAAAGAAAUAUCAAUUUUAUAGUCCGCAUAUAGCAACAACUGGAGAACGAAUAUAUUAUGUAAACUAUAUCAAAAGCGAUUACUAUAAGUCGUUAAAAAGAGCAUUACUAAUUUCUGCUGAGCUCUAAACAUUUAACUUUAAGCGGCUAUCGAUCAAAGAUUUAUUUUUCAUUGUAAGGAUUCGUCUAUUUACGUAUUUAAGAGUCAAUAUCACACAAAUGCAAACGGAAGAUAAUAAUAAACAGAGUACGAUCGUCAAAAUGUUUGU